AUGGCGACAUCAGCUUCUCGAGCGGCUUUCAGGCGGCUAGCCGGCUCGCAGAGACGUCACAUCGUGUACUCGGCUCGCAACUCGUCUGCGUCGAGCUCGUCUCGGACAUCUAGCACUACCCCGGAAUCGUGGUCGACAUGGCAACCACGCCUCAAGCGUGGAACACUCGGCGCAUAUGACGAAGCGCUGUCGUUUGUGCGGUCGCACUCGGAGUCGCUGCGCUCGCGUAUGUCGAUGCUCGAAUCGGACCAUGCCGAGUUAUCCGCAUCGGAACGCGCACAGCUCAAGGAAUCGCUCGAAAUCGCGUCGCUCAUCAACCUCCCUUGGAUCGUCUCGGCGUUCGAGGCUUCUUCACCCACGCACUACGAUGCUUCGAAUCCGGCAUUGCGACAUCUGCGCGAACGCGUGUGGAGGAACGACUCGGGUGUAUUGGCAAAGCUCAUGCAACGAUGUACGCUCAUGCACGUGUUUCCGGAUGUAAUCGCGGGCAUCACCCCGCUCGUCGACGUCUCGGUCGCGUUUGGUCACGGCUCGGGAUACACGGACCAUUCAUCAGAUGGAGGCGAUGUGUUGGCUGGCGUGUUUGUCGAGCCCAAGGACACAGUAGAUCCGCCAACGGUGAGCGUCAACGUGUUCCAUCAAGACGUGAAACUGUACACACUCGCACUCGUCGAUCCGGACCAACCAGACGAGCCAACGCAGAGCUACAAAACGUCGCUUCUCGCUCUGAAAACCGAUAUCGCACUGAGCGCUACCACGGACCCGAUCGUCGAUCUAUCUACCAACAUGGCGGUCGACUACAUUCCUCCACACCCACAACAAGGUACACAAUACCAUCGAUACACGACUGUGCUCUUUGAGCAAUCCACGCGCUCUGCCGACGACGCGAGUUUGCACGCACGCCACGAUUUCGACGUGGCCGCUUUCGCGCAGCGUCGAGCGCUCACUCCGGCGGGGAUCCACUUCUGGAGAGCCAAAUGGACGCCGCAAUCUGCACAUGCCAUCUCUACGAUCUACGCCACCGUGCUCAACACGCAAGAGCCCAGGUACACAAGUCCGCCAUCCCUCGAUAGGGUGCGCAAGCAGCUCCCCGAUACCGCCUCCAAGUGGUUCGCCUAG